AUGGGAAGGCAGAAGCAUUCUGAUUCAUAUCCUGAGUAUAGUAAAAGCCUCUUUCAUAUUAUUAAGCACCAUCCAUUAUGUCACCAUUUCAUACAAAAAAGACAUGCAUACAACAAUUGUGACGACUCCGAAAGAACUCUUACAGGAACCGUACUUGCACAAAGGAAUGAAGCUUUCUCUUGUGACAAAAGGAAGAACCUAAGCCUUGCCAAGUUAAACAUCUUAAAUGUUGAAGAAAAGGUGACACAGCAUUCUCCAGUUGAAAAAGGAUGGUCACAAUGUGAUGCUGCUACAUCUAGCAGCGAUUACUCGGAAUGUAACUUAUGCUGCAAGCAUCAACAAUCGGCGAAAAACGAAUUACUUGUGCCACAAGUUACAGAUAAAAAGAAACUUAGAGUGGAAAGUAAUGCAAGGAAGAAUAUAUUUGGUGUUUCCACUCAUCUAUGCAAGCAUUUUGUUGGCGGUUUGGAAACAACCAACAUGAACAAGAAAAUACUAUUAACAUUUCGUCACGAUCCCGUCUUUCCUUUGGUCUAUCACUUCCAUAAACAACAGCAUUUGCAAAGAGCAAAAACAACACUAACUAGGUCUGAAUCAUUUCCUUUUCCUUACUCAUUAUCAAAAACAAAAGCGAAACGAAGAUUAUACAGCGACAACGAAACAAAAAAGCCGGUUCAAUUUGUUUCAACAAAAACAGCAUGUGAACAGGUCGUGCCGUCGGUGGCAAAAGUGAAAGUAAAUGGAAAUUUCAAUAUGAACGAAGCAUUUAUAAUAGUAAGAGAUGUUAAAUUUUCUUCUGUUUCUGCAAAGGGUCAAAAUAGUCUCAAGCAAAAAAUUGAGCAUGUAACUGGCGAAAGCGGUAAAGAAAAGAUCCGCGUUGCAAUGGAUUCGGUCAUUCAUAAACUUCCUCAAGGACAAGGGAUAUCGGAUCGAUUGAAGAAUGAAAUUUUGAAGAAAUUGACAGAACCUAUUAGUAAAAGAGAAGUUCAACACAAAAGCUUCAUAAGAAGGUCCGUGUCUCUUCAAGAACCGCUCGAAAGUUAUUGUGAAACGCUAAAGAACACCUUUAAAACAGAAGCAAGAAUCUCUCAAUCAGAGAAACUAAAAUUCGGAAAACCAACGGAGCCUUCUCCCUUGAGAAUGAUGAUACCUCUUCAAAGAAUUCUUUCAUUACCUGAUCUUCAAUCUUUUUCCUAUGCUUCUCAGAAGGGAGAUAUUUCUGAUUGGACUCAAGAAAAUUUUGCCAUCAUAGAUAAAAAAGAUUUGGUGAUUAGUAAUAUUGUCAAAUCAUCAGGUUCAAUAUCUAAGCCGGGGUCUAGUGAUAAAUCGACCAAUGUGGUUCAAAAAAUGGAGAUUCAAACCAAGAAGUUGAACUAUGAGAUUCCUCAAAUUCAUGUAGACACCAAACUCAAAGAAGAAUUCAACUAUGUGAAAUAUGUACUUGAAAUAUCUGGAUUCACUAGCAAUGAAAGCAUCUCACUAUGGCAUUCUAAAGACACUCCACUUGAUCCAUCACUAUAUGAAGAAAUGGAAAAUGAUCCUGAAUUUUGUGGCAAAAUAGGUGGUGAAUGUAAUCACCAUGUAUUGUUUGAUUUGAUUAAUGAAACAAUGUUGGAAAUUUAUGGUAGGUCAUAUGGUUACUCUUCUAUGGUAGGGUGUCACAUUCUCCAUAAAGUGUGGACUCAUAUGAGUAAGUCUUUGUGUUUGAGAUUUAAAGUUGGUCAAAAGAUAGAUGAUCAUGUAAGUAGGGAUUUAGCAAAAAAUGAUGGGUGGGUUAACAUUCAAUUUUAUGAUGAAUGUUUUGGUUUGGAGGUGGAUCACAUGAUUUUUCAUGAUCUACUUAAGGAAAUUGUGUUGGAUUUAGCUUGCUUGUGA